CCCCGGCCCGGCCCACACACAACGCGCGCCCUCCCUCCAAGCUGCGGGUCCCAACCCCCGAGGGACCAAGCAGCCCUAUUUCUACGUGGACUAUAAAGAGUUAAAGUGAACGAGCCGCGUUUCCUAGGAUGCUUAAGGAGGUCCAAAAACACUCAAUUCCUCAAACGUCCUCCUUUGUCGAUCCGGCUUUGUUUGCUGGAGAGUUGGAGGACCGUGGCUGGAGCCGGAACCGGGGGAUGCCUGGAAGGGUGAAGCCCAGACUACAGCACUGUAAUUUCUUUUCAGAUUUUAAUAGAACCGUUUAAUUGAGCAAUCAACCAGCAUGAAAACAGAAGGGCAAAGCAUUGCAUCAGAAGGAAUAGCAAAAUCCCCUCAUGUCCUCCAGGCUGGUAGUAUUGAGGAAUUCCUGCAAAAGAAACAAGGAGAUCUAAUGGAUCAACAAGCAAGGAAGGGAUCUCUUUCCCUUGCACACUGGGAAGCCCAAUGGCAGGAGUUCCUCAGGACUUUGGAAAAACCCCACUCUCCCUGGGGAAUCUCACAUUUGCCAGAGAAACCUUCACCCUGGGAAGAUGCUAAGGCCUUUCUGGCUUCCUUUGAGCAAGUGGCUAAAGCCUGUCAUUGGCCCAAGGAAGACUGGGUAAUCCGACUCCUGCCAGCUCUCAGUGGAGAAGCUGAGGAGGCCUUCAGCAGGCUGGAUGUCCCAGACAGAGAGGAUUAUGGGAAAGUGAAGGCAGCCAUCUUAUUAGGGGAAGUCAUAAGCCGAGAGAAGCAGCGUCAGCAGUUUAGGCGUUUCUGUUACCAGGAGACUGAGGGGCCAAGAGGGGCCUACAGCCAACUGCGGGAAAUGUGCCGUGGGUGGCUGAGAGUGGAGUAUCACAGCAAGGAGCAGAUCCUGGAGCUCUUGAUCAUGGAGCAACUGCUGAGCAUCCUGCCUGCCGAGAUCCAGAGCCGAGUGAGGGAGAGCAACCCCCUUUGCUGCUCCCAAGCCGUUGCCCUGGCUGAGGAGUUCCUUGUGAGGCAGGAGAAACAGGUGCCCUUGGAGGAGGUGGCUAGGAAUGUCUCCAGGGCAAGCCAAGCUCUGUAUGAGGGUGAGCCAAGGCAGCUUUCUAUCAACAUCAAAGAAGAGGAGGAACCAGAGGCCAGCCUGCAGGCAGGAGAUAUGCAGGAGAAUGAAAAUGAUGGGAGACGCCAGGUGUCAUUCUCAGGAAAAUGCAGGAAUGGAAAUCUAAAAGGAAACUUCGGGAAUCUAAAUGGACGAAAGAGACCGGAAGGAAGCCACUUCUUGGAGAGGAAGGGUAAUCCCAUUCCUUGCCAAGGAGGGCACUAUCAGGAAUUCCCAAUCCAGCAAGAAAAGCAACCACAAAAGAGGCAGAACCUCAGCUCUCAGCUGAGAAUUCACACCAGGGAAAAAACAAAAGAUAGUUUGCAGUUUGAGAAGAGGUUCAGUCAGAGCAUGAACUUUAUUUCACAUCAACAGAUUAACCCAGGAGAGAAACUGUAUAAUUGUUCAGUGUGCAGAGAGAGCUUCAGUCGGAGAACAGUUCUUACAUCACAUCAAAGGAUUCACACAAGUGAAGAGCCCCCAAAAGUCCAAGAAUAUGAAAACAGCUCCAGUGGAAGAUCACACCAGCAACAGUAUCAGAUCAUUCACACAGGGAAGAAGCAGAACCCAUGUGCAGAGGCUGAAAAGACUUUCAGCAACAGUGUAGGUCUUACUGUGCAACGAAGAAUAUGCACUGAAGAGAAAAGGUAUAAAUGCCCAGAGUGUGGAAAGAGAUUUCGAUGGGCAUCACACCUUCGGCAACAUCACAUAGUCCACACAGAGGAGAAACCCUAUCGAUGCUCAGAGUGUGGGAAGGCCUUCCGUCACCGCAUAAGUCUCACUGUGCAUCAAAGAACACACACAGGGGAAAGACCUUACAAAUGCUCAGAGUGUGGAAAGACAUUUAGUCAGACAUCAUCCUUACAGCAACAUCAAAGAACCCACACAGGUGAGAAACCCUAUGAGUGCUCAGAGUGUGAAAAGAGAUACAGUUGCCAAUCGCACCUUCAGCGGCAUCAGAAGAUCCACACAGGUGAGAAACCAUACGAGUGCUCAGAAUGUGGAAAGAAAUUUGGUUUACGUUCUGACCUUCUACGCCAUCAAAGGAUCCAUACAGGGGAGAAACCGUAUCAGUGUUCAGAAUGUGGAAAGAGGUAUAUUCAGACAUCAGACCUUCGGCAACAUCAAAGAAUCCAUAUGUCGCAAACCACAUAGCUGCUCUGUUUUCAAAAAUUGGCCAGCAGCUCAGAAUCAGUGUGGAAGUGACAGUGCCCAAAAUGUUUCGCCUGCAUCUGUGGCUGGCACCUUCAGAGGUGUAUCACAGAGAGAAGUGUGUACUUCUUUCUGUGAUACUCUGAAGAUGUCAGUCACAGAUGCAGGCAAAACGUUGGGAACAAGAUCUACCAGACCACGGCCACACAGCACAGAAAGCCCACAACAACCAGUUGAGUCCAACCAUGAAAGCCUUCGACACUACCAGACUGGGUUUUUGUUCUCUGACUUUCUGCUUCAUUUUAGGAAGUAGAGUUGCCUUGUUAGAGAAAUUAGAACAGAGCUGUGUCUGCUUUGAAGCCUGGUCAUGGCUCUGGAUUGGGAGGGCAGUCCAAUCUUCCCUGCAAUUGGAGUUGUGCUCUCAGGGGAGUGUUUUAUGUGCCUGGUGGUGAAAAACAACAGUCAUAGUCCAAAAGCAAGCAGGUGCAUCAAUGAAAGAACCACACCCACAGUGUCAUUUUAAGGUGUUAUUUAGCAGAGAUCCUGGCCUCCAGGUGGGAGGGGGGGGUCCCCUGGAAUUACAACUCAUCUCCAGUCAGACUACAAAUAUCGGUUCCCCUGGAGAAAAUGGAUGCUCUGGAGGGUGGACUCUAUGGUACACCACUGAGGUCCCGGUCUUCCCCAGAGUCCUUCCCCAAAUCUCCAGGAGUUAACCUAACCUGGAUCUGGCAACCCUACCCCCUAUCCUCUACUGGUGACCAGGGCAGACCAGAAAACCCUAGUUAAUAAGCCAAAAUAAAAGGAUAAUGGCACUGAAAGUAUAUUGUCAGCCAAUCCCCUAGCCCUGUUCGCAAGUUACAGUGAAUGAUAUAGCAUUAUAUAGACAAUGCAUUUAUAUUUUCUUAUAGAAAUAGAGAAUUAAUGGAUUAAUAUAGGGAGCAGAUUGGUGGGAUUUUAAAACACUGUCUGUAGAUCUGUGCCAAGAGGAAGCAGGCUCCCAACCUGUAAAAACUAAACCUUUGAAUUGUAAAGAGCAAUAGCUUUGAUGCAGAUGUAGAAUUGUAGCCUUUAGGAAUAUUUAUUUGGAAGAAAACUGUUACUAGAAAUAACCACCUCAGUUAGGUUUGUGCAUUGUACACCGCCCAGAGCCCUCCGGGGAUUGGGCGGUCUAUCAAGACUAAUUAAUUAAUUAAUUAACAAACAAACAAAUAAAGUUAUCCUUUCCUGUGAAGACUCCUUACUCCUUUCCUUUUCUCCCAUGCUCAGGAAGAAAUUAUUUUAUGGCAUAUCAAAGAAUGGGGCCUGUUGAGUCAAAUACAGCUACAGAGAGCCUGAAGGAGGGGUUGAAAUGCAGUAAUAUGUCUCACUGUGACUGUACCCAUCUUCAAGGAUAUUUUGGAGAUGAUGGACCUACAUCCUUAGUGUUUUGGCAACAUCUGCCAGGUCUCUCUGAUAAGAAGGCAACAGUGUGAAUUGUUUAUUAUUUUAUGGCACCAACCUGGCUUCCAAUACAUGGCCAAUAACUCUUUUGGGGUGAUAGGUCAACCGCAUGGUCAACCCAGGGAGCUCAUUUAAAUAUUAGGAUCUCAUCUCAGACAUGUGAAAAGCCAACUGCUUAUUGAUCAUGCAUCCGGUGUGCAGAAUGAUGUAAUUACUGAUGUAUUAAUCAUGCCUUUUGAUCAAUUUGUACACUACUAUUAAAUACUGUGUCAUGAUGUA